AUGUUCAUGACUCCGCCGUACAGCAUCUUGCUGCUGUCCAGUACCUUCUACGGUAUUCAGUUCAUUUUGUCCAUGUCGUUGUCAUUCAUAACAAUAGGUGGCGCCAAAGGAUUUGCCCCAAUGCCGAAGCUGUCUAGCCAGGUUUACCGCGUUGAUCCUGCUACAAAGGAUGUGCGUAUUAUUGCUAUGGCAAGAAGAAUCUCAUCACUUGCCAUCUGA